UCUCCAUCCACUCCUCCCAAUGCCGACCUCACCGUCGCUGCCGCCGCCGGCCACGGAAGAAGUGGAGGGUGCCUCCGACGCCGAGAUGGUGGAAGGAGAGGCGCCGCGUACCCCCGCGGCGGCGGAGGCCGGCGGAGGCGCCCAGUCGAGCCGUGCCGUGCCGGGUUCCGGCCAGGGGGUUGCUGGAGAAGCGGCCGGGGAGGAGGACGAGGAGGACGACGACGAAGACUCGGAUGACAGCGACGACUCCGGCGACGAAGAUUCAGAGGACGAAGAGGGUGAUGAGGAAGAAUCCGACGAGGAAGGAGAAGACGGGGCGGAGGAGGAAGAUCAGGAUUCGGACGAGGACGAUGAAGACGAUGACUCGGACGAGGAGGACGAAGACGACGACGAUGAGGAUGAGGAUGAUGAUGACGACGAGGAGGAGGAUGAGAUGGAAAUGGAGCUUGCGGCGUCUGCAUCUGAGCGACGAUGGAAUGUAGCAGCUUGAAAAGCAACUGAAGGUUUUGUCUGCACUGAUGCUAAAGUGUAUGAAAGGGGUGGCAAUCGGUCAGAUGAUGUGGGCGAUGCAAAAUACCAUCUACAUCGUGACUUCUCCAGGUUUGGUGUGUGCUGAGUUGAUUUCUGAAGCUUGUUCCUGCCGAUUCUCUGUUUGUACCAAGUAUACAUGUGGGCAACACUUUUAUGGCCUGCUCAUCUGAGCCUGUAUUUGCCAAAGAGAAUUCCAAGUCUUUGUGGAAACAUUGCACACCACAUUACUACCUUUUGUUAAAUACGUGACACAUGGCUGAACAGAUGGCUGUUAAGUGAUGUUUAUUGUUGGUUGUGGGUGCCACUAGGUGGAUUUUCUGCUCUACUUUUCAACUUUGGCAGCAAUGUAUUCCAAAUUCAGGCCAGUUUGUAAUCUGGACUGUGAA